UUCCCAGCAUGAGGCUCUUCUCCAGUGGCUGCUAUUUAGAAGCUCAUUCUCUCAUUGCAGCUGUACCUGGAAGCCUUUUAUAAAUUCAUGGAAAAACCCCAAAACCAUCCGUAUCAAGAGUUCAAAGUGCAAAAUAAAUCCAAAGUCCAUCAAAGUGGCUCGUUAGCUCUUGAGUUCCCCAGAGGGCGUUAACAUCCAGGAAUCAAAACAGAACAGCUCCACUGUUGUGUCCAUGUGACAUCAAACAACCUGCGUCAUUCUAUGCAAAUGAAUCAGGAAUUCCCUCCUCCUCCAUCUCUUCCUCCUCCUCCCUGGCCAGACAGACCUCGAAGAAUUGGCUUGUGGGCACCAACAUCUCCAGUGCUUUCUUUUGUCACUUUUCUUUGCAUCUUUCUAUCUUUGCGCGAGGAAGUGUCAGGAACUAGAGCGGGGAGUGGAGUUUUUGGAAGAGAUUUGCAAUCAAACAGGAGCCGGCAUAAAGAUGGGUCAGGGUCUCCCUGAAAAUCUGCAAAAUUAGAGCUACUUGAUUAGGAAGCAAGGGUCCAAGAAAGAAAGCUAUAGGGAGAGACUCUUCCUUGCUCACUGAUGGUUGCCUGAAUGUUUACAGCCAGAACAGAAAGUCCUAGGAUAGCAAUCGGCUGUCCUUGACUCUCUGCUUCCUGAUCAUGUGUUUUGGGAACUCCGUGGGCGGAAAGGCAUCAGUUUUCCCACAGGCAUCAGCAACGGAAAGUGAAGCUCAAGGCAGACGUGAAAGCUAACCCAGGGAUUCUCCACCCAGAGCUCCGCUUUUUCUGGCCAGCCUUUCCCCAACCUCGUGUCCUUCAGACUCGGACACUUCCACCAUACAUGCCUUAGAACAGGGGUCCCCAACUCCAGAUCAAUGGACCAGCACUGGGCAUGCCAGAAACCAGGCCACGCAAACAAGCGAAGUACCAUCCAUGGGAUACAGGCAGCCCAUGAAACCACUCCUCCUCUGGUCCGUGGAAAUCUCCACGUAACUGGUCCCUGGUACCCAAAACGUUUGGGCGGGGGGGGGGGUUUGCUGCCUUAAAAAGCCUCUAGAAAGCAGACUCAAAGGUUUUCUCUGCCAACACUGCUGUCAUAAAGACGCUCACUGUGGUGGUAGCAUCUCCAAGCUCCAUCAUUUCCUUUCUAUCUUUGCAGACGGAUGCAGCAGCUUACAGGGAGCUUCGGUGAUUCACCUUGCUGGAUGUCCGGAGCCAAUCCAUGAAACUCUGGGCUGCUUUGCAGGAGGAGGGGAAGCCUGGGUCGUCCUUGGCAAAAAAAAACAACCCAUGGCAAGCAUUCAAGAUUUGCCGGAUGACAUUUUGCUGGCGGUCUUCCGCCUGCUCCCAAUCAAGGAGCUGAUCUGGAACUGCCGGCUGGUUUGUUCCCGGUGGCGAGACAUCUUGGACACCCCUUCCCUGUGGCGGCGCAAGUACCAAGAGGAGGACGCUGACCUGAGGAUGCCAAAGACCUUCUACAUUUUCUGCCACUUGGAGAGGAACUUAAUCAAGAACCCUUGUGGCGAAGACGGAUUAGACUUCUGGGAUACGGCCACGCCUUCAAACGGACAGUGGAAAAUUAAAGAUGUCUUUGAAAAAGACUCUGCAAAGCUGCAGUCCUGGGACUUCCUUCAGAGGAAUCUUUUCGUAAAAGAUGAAUGGAUACCCUAUCAAGAGGUUGAAAAAUGUUUUGCUGUGUACAAUGGGCUCUGCACAAAGUCUCAGCUCAUCACGUUGAAGGAUGAAGGUUACUGGGAUCAGCUGAUGGAUGACGGGAGACCCACAAUUAUGGUGAAGGAUUGGUUUUACAGCAGCUUCAACAGCCAUUACAAGUUGUGUGUGAAGCUGUUGUCCGAGGAUUUCAAAGUCAUCCGAGAGUAUCAUUCCAAGAACAAAUACAAAUACGACUCCGAGUACAAUAACGAAUGGCGCCAGGUCUCGCAUGGUUUUCACAACAUCCCUCCUGGAAUCCGUCACAUCUUUUUUCAGCACCAAGGCCUGAAUUUCAACUGGCAGCAAUCGAGCUUUGGUGCCAAACUCAUGAAGUGCUUGAAAAUGGCCAAAGACAGGGGGAAAUCCCCAAGGAUGAGGAUUACCAAAACGAGCGUCACCGUUGGACCGUUUUCCCUAGACAGGGCCCUGUACAACAGACACGGCCGAGAGAUUAGACACUGUCACUUCAGCAGGUGUCCCUGCCGGGGGAACUACAUCCAUUUGUAACGUUUUCGUAAGCAGACGCAAUAACCGAGGUGUGUCCUUGCAAACCUUUUCCUUCCCCCAGAAAAGUUAAAAGCGAAGUAACGGGGUGAAGUGGCCCAGAUGAAGUUGUCUCCUUCUCAUUCCCUCUGAAAAUAAGAGCACUUUUAAAAAGAAAGUACGUCCAGCAUCCAGACAGUUACGACAGGAUGGACUUUAUUGGGCACGGAAAAUAAUAAUAAUUAGGCUACCACAAGGCAUCGAAACACAAAAACAGUUUGUGCAGUUUGCUUGCAAUAUUUGGGAAAACCACUGCCCUCCAAAGCUUUUGAACGCCUCACAAUUACUUUUUGCUCUCCCUCCAAAUGCACAAAG